AUGGAACCGAGCAAAGCCGGAGAUGCUUAUACGAAGACUUCGGGCCCGGAGGAGGGCAACUGGUCAACUGGGUUGUAUGAUUGCUUAGACGAUCGCUCUAAUUGCGUGAAGACUUUCUUUUGUCCGUGCAUCACUAUGGGGCAGAUUAUCGAAAUAAUUGAUAGAGGAACAACAUCCAGUGAAAUUGGAUGUGGAAUAUACACUGCUCUCCACAUGGUCCACUGCACUUGGUUGUACACAAGCAAUUACCGGUCGAAAUUGAGGGCACUAUUCAACUUGCAAGAAGCACCUUGUGCAGAUUUUGUGGUACAUUGUUGCUGCUGUGUGUGUGGCAUUUGUCAAGAAUACAGAGAACUAAAGAAUCGUGGAGUCGAUCCCUCAAUAGGUUGGGAAGGAAAUGUUGAGAAGUGGAAAAGCGAUGGAAUUACCGUGCCGCCACUUUUUCCACACGAUAUCACCCGUUAA